GGGGCGCUGUCAACUGAAAGUGAAGGGUUCGGGCCGCGGCAAGGCGGGACUCAGCGGCCGCCCUGCCCCUUUCCACGUUCCGCCCCCACGCCGUUCGCCGGCUGUCUCCCAGAAGCGCUUGAGCUGCCCCAGCGUGAGCAUGUCGGAUGUUUUCGACCGAACUCCGGGUGCCGGCCGACGCCGGGGUGCGGGCUGGGAAGGCACUGCUGUCCUCGGUGGUGCGGGAGCGCCGGAGAGCGGCGAUGGGGCCCCCCUUGGGGGAAGCGGUUCGAACAGCUCAGGCUCGGCCGACGAGCAGCAGCACCAAGCGGGCGGCCUCUUCCCGCAGCAGGAAUCACUGCGGCCUCCGAAGACUGCGCCUCUGGGCACCAGAAUCGCAGAGCACCUGCCACAGACAGGGAUUCCAUCUGGAUCACAAGAUAAAGUUUCAGUUCUUGAUUCUGAACCAGAAAUGGCUGAACCUCAGGUGGCUGCAGCUCCUGUGAUAAGAUCAAACUUGUCUGUUAAAGCACCUGAGUUUUAUCCACCAGGUUACGUCCAGAACUUCAAUCAGAAUUUUGCGGAUUCUUCCUUUGAAGAUAGAUACGAUGGCUAUCUGACUUUGGUGGAAUAUGUACAAGACUUCCUAAAUCACCUCACCGACCAACCAGCUUGUUUUGAAACUGAAAUAGAGCAGUUUGCUGAAACACUGAAUGCCUGGGUCACUUCAGGUGAAGAUUUACAAGGGCUUGUUGAGCUCAUCUAUCAGCAGGCAACAUCUGUCCCAAAUUUUUCAUACAUGGGAGCUCGCUUGUGUAACUAUCUAUCUCACCAUCUAACCAUUAGUCCACAAAGUGGGAACUUCCGACAACUGUUACUUCAAAGGUGUCGAGCAGAGUAUGAAAACAGGGAUGAAGCCACCAGAGCAGAUGAGACUACCCAAAAAGAGUUUCAUGCCUUUGUCCUGUUCUUAGCUGAACUCUACCUUAAUCUAGAGAUUAAAGGAACAAAGGGACAGGUAAUGCGAGCAGAAAUUCUUCAAGAAGGCCUUCGGGAAUUACUAAAUGCGCUGUUGUCUAAUCCUGUGGACAGUAAUCUGAUAUGUGCAGUGAAACUGCUGAAGUUGACAGGCUCAGUUUUAGAAGAUGCCUGGAAAGAAAAAGGAAAAAGUGAUAUGGAGGAUAUUAUUCAGAGAGUUGAAAAUGUUGUGUUGGAUGCAAACUGUAGCAGAGAUGUGAAACAUAUGCUUCUGAAACUAGUAGAAUUGAGAUCAAGUAACUGGGGUAGAGUUCAUGGAUCUUCUGCACAUACAGAAGCUACCCCUGAAAAUGACCCUAACUAUUUUAUGAAUGAGCCAACAUUUUACACUUCUGAGGGUGUUCCUUUCACUGCAGCGGAUCCAGAUUAUCAAGAAAAAUACCAAGAGCUACUUGAAAGAGAGGACUUUUUUCCAGAAUACGAAGAAAAUGGAACGUAUCUGCCAGGACCUGGAGAUCCGUAUUUUGAUGACAUUGAUGAUGAGAUGGAUCCAGAAAUUGAAGAGGCAUAUGAAAAAUUCUGUCUAGAAUCAGAACAUACGAAAAAAUAGUGAGAUGUUACACAUUAAUGUUAGUUUAUUAAGCCACUUUAUGGUUAGAAUUCAUGGGGAUAAAAACAUUUGUACCAAAACAGGGAGCUUGAGUUUCUCCAAGUACUAAAGUUACACAAUUGUCAUUAACAGAAACUGCCAAAAAUUGUAAACUCAUGCCCUGUAUCUUAAAAUGUUGUGUAUAUAAUCAUAGUUUAUUUUAUGUACAGGUAUAUGAACAAUGUUUUGGCUGCAAUAAAAAAUAUUUUAAAAUUA